GCAGUUUGGAUGUGUUGUGCUGGGGUCCCGAGUGCAUCUUCAGAGGGUUAUUGUGGUGUCUGUCUCUUGACCUUACACUGGGUAUCUGGUGGUAACGAGGUGGAUGCGUGGAAAGUGGCAGCAACAAGAACUAGGUUCUUCAUUAAAGUGAAGCAGGUCACAGUCUUUCUUAACUCAGCCUCGCUGUUGAACACAGAACAGCUUAAACCACGUGCCAUUCAGCCCGUAGGAAGACCGGCUGGUCGCUCCUCUGCCUCCUCGCCCAGGCAGCGCAGGACUUAAGAGGAAGUGUGGAGAGUAAGGAAGUGGACUUAGAAGCUCGGAGGAGUCUGAGUCUUGAAGUGAACAGCCAUAACGUCUUUGUGACCAAAGCAGCUCAGGCACCUUCAGGAGUUCCUUUUGUUUGUUUUCAAUUUGUGGCCUUCUGGUUAUUUCUACGCCCCCAAAGCAGUUAUAGCGCCUAAUUAGCAGCGAAAGAUGUGGUCGGUUUCGCGCCACAAUCCGAUGCCCAGGUUUGUGGCCGGCCUUUGGGCUACACCGGGUCAGGCCGUGGGGCCUCUGCGCUCACAGUGGGGCCACACCGCGGCUCAUUCACGCCCCAGCCAUGCUCAGAAAGGGUAGCCCAAGCCCCUUGCAGCGCGACUCUUGCAAAGCCCCCAGAGCCCAGAGUCUUCCUGCUCUCGGAGGAGGCUGCGAGGUCCCGCCGGACGCGCAUAGAGCAGCGGAGGUCCCCCAGCGCCCCCUGCAGCCGCCGGUCGUGGGUAGACGGCACCUAGUCUCACCUCAGCACCAAACCCGGGACCCCACCCAGCGGCCCGCGCCUAGGAGCGAGGGAGCAUCCGCACCUCCCAGCGGCAGAAACCGGGCGUGGGGUCCUACGGGCGGGUGCUCUACAUCCCGGGCGGCCUCCGAUUGCUCCGCCCGAGGGCCGACUUCCCCUCCCUCUUUCCGUCCGUCCCUCCCUUCUUCCCUUCCUCCUUUCCUCCUGCCUGCUGGCACUGGGCUCGCUGAGCCUCUUCUCUCGGGGCCUUCUUCCCUUUGGCCUGCGUCUCAUCCCGCACAACUCGGGGAUUGUGCCAUUCGGUGUUGAAUGUUCCCCUCCGAGAGCGCAUGGCUGAGGAAGCGAGGCGAGGGCCGGGUCCCCGAAGGGCCACCGUCCAGGAGGCGGUGAUGCUGCUGCUGUGCCUGGGGGUCCCCACCGGGCGCUCCUACAACGUGGACACUGAGAGCGCGCUACUUUACCAAGGCACCGCCAACACCCUUUUCGGCUACUCAGUGGUGCUGCACAGCCACGGGCCGAACCGAUGGCUCAUCGUGGGGGCUCCCACCGCCAGCUGGCUCUCCAACGCUUCGGUGGUCAGUCCGGGGGCGAUUUACAGAUGCCGGAUCGGAAAGAAUCCAAACCGGACUUGCGAACAGCUCCAGUUAGGUAGCCCUGGUGGAGAACCUUGUGGAAAGACUUGUUUGGGAGAAAGAGACAAUCAGUGGUUGGGAGUCACGCUUUCCAGACAGCCAGGAGAAAAUGGAUCCAUCGUGACUUGUGGGCAUAGAUGGAAAAAUAUAUUUUAUAUAAAGAAUGAAAAUAAGCUCCCCACGGGUGUUUGUUAUGGAAUGCCUUCUGAUUUACGGGCAGAACUGAGCAAAAGGAUUGCUCCAUGUUAUCAAGAUUUUGUGAAAAAGUUUGGAGAAAAUUUUGCAUCAUGUCAAGCUGGAAUAUCUAGUUUUUACACAGAGGAUCUAAUUGUGAUGGGAGCUCCAGGAUCAUCUUACUGGACUGGCUCUAUUUUUGUGUACAAUAUAACUACAAAUACAUAUAAGGCUUAUUUAGAUGCAAACAAUCAAGUAAAAUUUGGAAGUUACUUAGGGUACUCGGUAGGAGCCGGUCAUUUUCGGAGUAGGCACACUACCGAAGUAGUUGGAGGAGCUCCUCAACAUGAACAGAUUGGAAAAGCAUACAUAUUCAGCAUUGAUACAAAAGGACUAAGUAUCUUAUAUGAAAUGAAAGGUAAAAAGCUUGGCUCUUAUUUUGGCGCUUCUGUCUGUGCGGUGGACCUCAAUGCAGAUGGCUUCUCCGACCUUCUCGUGGGGGCUCCUAUGCAGAGCAUCAUCAGAGAAGAAGGAAGAGUGUUUGUGUACAUCAACUCCGGCUGGGGAGCAGCAAUGAAUGAAAUGGAGACAGAGCUCAUUGGAAGUGACAAAUAUGCUGCACGAUUUGGGGAGUCUAUAGUUAAUCUUGGUGACAUUGAUAAUGAUGGCUUUGAAGAUGUUGCUGUCGGAGCUCCACAAGAAGAUGACUUGCGAGGCGCUAUUUAUAUUUACAAUGGCCGAGCAGAUGGGAUCUUACCAACCUUCUCCCAGAGAAUUGAAGGGCUUGAAAUCAGCAGAUCCUUAAGUAUGUUUGGACAGUCUAUAUCUGGGCAGAUUGAUGCAGAUAAUAAUGGGUAUGCAGAUGUAGCAGUCGGUGCUUUUCGGUCUGAUUCUGUGGUGUUGCUAAGGACAAGACCUGUACUGAUUGUUGAAGCUUCUUUAAACCAUCCUGAGUCAGUAAAUAGAACAAAUUUAGACUGUUUUGAAAAUGGAUUGCCUUCCGUGUGCAUGGAGCUAACACUCUGUUUCUCAUACAAGGGCAAAGAGGUUCCAGGUUAUAUUGUCUUGUACUACAACAUGAGUUUGGAUGUGAACAGAAAGGCAGAGUCUCCAUCGAGGUUUUACUUUUCUUCCAAUGGAACUCCUGAUGUGGUCACAGGAAGCAUGCAAGUAUCCAGCACAGAAGCUAGCUGUAGAACACAUGAAGCAUUUAUGCGGAAAGAUGUGCGAGACAUCCUCACACCGAUCCAGAUUGAAGCUGCUUACCACCUUGGGCAUCAUUAUAUCAACAGACGAACAGUAGAGGAAUUCCCACCACUUCAGCCAAUUCUUCAGCAGAAGAAAGAAAAAAACAGAAUUGAAAAAACAAUACCCUUUGCAAGGUUUUGUGCCCAUGAAAACUGUUCCGCUGAUCUACAAGUUUCUGCGAAAUUUGGAUUUUUGAAGCCACAUGAGAAUAAAACCUACCUCGCUGUUGGAAGCAUGAAGACGUUAACGCUGAAUGUGUCCCUGUUUAAUGCUGGAGACGAUGCAUAUGAAACCACCCUGCAUGUCAGACUGCCCACUGGUCUUUACUUCAUUAAGAUUUUAGACCUGGAAGAGCAGCAAAUACACUGUGAAGUAACAGACAGCUCUGGCACAGUAAAACUGGACUGCAAUGUCGGUUAUAUAUAUGUAGAUCGUCUCUCAAGGGUAAAUGUUACCUUUCUCCUGGAUGCAAGCUCCCUCAGCAGAGCAGAAGAGGACCUCAACAUCACAGUGCAUGCCACCUGUGAAAAUGAAGGGCAAAUGGGCCAUCGGAAAGGUAACAAAGUGACUUUGGCCAUACCUCUGAGGUAUGACAUCAUGCUAAAUGCUCAUGGGCUUGUAAACCCAACUUCAUUUGUGUAUGGAUCAAAUGAGGACUCUGAGCCUGAAACGUGUAUGGCAGAGAAAGUGAACUUCACUUUCCACGUUGUCAACAGUGGCCAUAGCGUGGCUCCAAACAUUAGUAUGGAAAUUAUGGUACCAAAUUCUUUUACCCCCCGAACUGAUAAGUUGUUCAACAUUUUGGAUAUCCAGACUACUACAGGGGAAUGCCAUUUUGAAAAUUAUCAAAGAAAGUGUACCUCAGAUCAGGAAAAAGGUGCAAUGAGGACCCUAACAGAUAUAUUUACAUUCUUGUCAAAGACUGAUAAGAGGUUAUUGUUCUGCGUGGAACAUGAUCCACAUUGUUUAAAUUUCUUCUGCAAUUUUGGGAAGAUGGAAAGUGGAAAAGAAGCCAGCGUUCACAUUCAGCUGGAAGGCCGGCCGGCCCUCUUAGAAAUGGAUGAGACUUCAGCACUCAAGUUUGAAAUAAGAGCGAAAGCUUUUCCAGAGCCAAAUCCAAAAGUUACUGAACUACACAACAAUGAGAAUGUUGCACAUGUUCUGUUGGAAGGAUUACAUCAUCAAAGACCCAAACGCCAUUUCACUAUAGCGACUAUUUCAAUUAGCUUGCUGAUUGGACUUAUUUUACUUUUAUUGAUUUCAUAUGUUAUGUGGAAGGUUGGCUUCUUUAAGAGAGAGUACAAAUCCAUCCUACAAGAAGAAAACAGAAGACACAGUUGGAAUUACAUUAACAGUAAAAGCAAUGAUGGUGGUGGUGGUGGUGGUGAUGAUGAUGAUGAUUAAAGACUUCUUUCAAAUUGGAGAAUAAGACUCAGGUAUAAUAAAGAUAUUUAAGACAUUGUUUACAAGAAACCAUGAACUUUGCUCAGUGGUCUUUCAAGCACUUCUUUUACUCAUAACCUUGUGACAUACUACGUCUUAAGGCAAAUGAAAAAUCCAAGAAAUGAUAUUCUAUCAGCUCUUAAAGACAGCAAAAACACUAAAACAUUCAAUUUAUUCAAGAUAAUCCUUUGAAGAUAUCAGGAAAUGAAAGUACAUCUGAAUUAAAUCAUAUUGAGGACAUAAACACAACUGGAGAAAUCUUGGACUUGAACUAUACCUUUAAAGGAAUAGGUAAUAAUUCAUUUCUAACAGAUCUUUGGGACUCAUUUGAAAUAUGUUCUUUAAAAAUAGAAUUUUUCAAAGAGCUGUUUCUGAAUUUCCUAAUGAACAAGAGUCAUUGUCAUUUUAAAGCAUAUUUCGCCUUUAAGACCUUUGUAAUACAUUUCCUAUGAGCUUUGAUCCACAACCACUCAGCACUCUGAUUGUUCUGGGCCCAAAGAGCCGACUUCAGACUGAACUUUUAUACACUGGUUUGAGCUGAAUUGGGUGACUUUUGGAUAAUUGUUUAUAGAGCUAUGGAUAAUUACUGUUUAUACAGCUAUGGAUUUCUUUCUUCUUUCUGUAUAUACCUAACUUUAAAAGACUGUAUAUUUAUACGGACACAAAUUCAUGCGUUCUCCUGUAACAGUUUUUCCAAGGGCACCCGGAGUAAAUUAAAAAUCCAUCAUUAGUCAAAUUUUUUGUUUAUAAAAACCGCAGUACUUACGAAUUCUAAUUUAUAUUCUGAAAGAGAUGGUGAUGGUUGCACUUUAGAUGAUAGAUGAUAUUUGAAGUAUAAAUACACUGAUAAUGUAAAAUAUAAAAACUAUACCUCACACAUUUUUUUAAACCAAAGCUCUGCAGGAGUAAGGGGAAAUAUUUCAUACAAAUACACUCUAAAAUACUGAUAUUACUCUUUAUUCAAGUAUAAGUAAAUAUCACAUGUGUUUUCAUCAGUUGUAUAAGAGCAUUCUCUUCUGCAUGGAAUUGGGGGAACAAAAUCCAGAAAUUUAACACAGGUUUAGUUUGUAUCCAGUGACUAUCAAAGUAACAUCAAAAUUUCCAUGAUAUGUGCUUUAGUGGUAAAUAUUUUAAAUAAUUUCUCUUUAAAGUCCUUUACAUUCGCAAAUAUAAUCUUUCUGUAAUAUUUAUUCAUGCAUAUGAGCUAGAUGCUGACUAGAAUAUAAUUUCAUCUGAACUUCCUAUAAUUAUAGGAAUAUAUAAUUAUUUCAGCGGAAGCUUCCUAUAAUUAUAUGUAUACGAAGUUUGUGACCAAAUUUUUAAAAUCUUAUAGGAUGUGAUCAAAUAAAUUAGAGGUCGGUCUUACUAUUAUGAGAACUAUUUCUUUUUUUUCUUUUUUUUUUUUU